AUGACGGCUGGACAAACAAAUGGAAAUAAACCGGCGCGAUUAAAUGGGUUACUUUACGAGAUGGCAGCGCAUAUACUUCAUCAACUGUAUACGUGUCAUCGUCAUGAUGGCCUCCCAGCCAUGAGAUGGCCCGAGCAUCUGCCGUUUCUUGCUAGCGAUGAGCUAGUUCAGGCCAUUGAUCAACUUUUUCACAUGGUUCAACUAGAAGAGCACGCAAUCUACAUUACACUCUUCUUUGCUCGAAUGUUAGCACAAAUGAAUGCAUUGACUAAGGCUGAUUUCGGCUCAGUAACUCGCUUUAUUGCGAUUGCUGUUAUUUUCGCCCAGAAAUACUUGGACGAUUAUAUGUGGGAAAACAAAGCUUGGGCUUUAUUGAUGGGUAUUCCCAAAGACGAGCUAAAUAAACUCGAACUGAAAAUUGUACUCGAUAAGGAAUUCAACUUGUACAUCAAAGUCCAAGAAUACGAGCACUGGUUGAAACAAUUACGACAUUACGUUCCUCUGUUGCAUGCAUACAAGGGUUUGUCCGAGUGUGGGCCUCCAUCACCGACCGAGACAUCACGACUAUUUUCUACUUUGGAAUGUCGAUUUACUGCAUCGUUUAACAAUGUCGUGACUGAACGACAAGCGUUGUGUCCAGGAAAACUCGCAAUUAUUGGUGGUAAUAACACAUCCACUAACAAGAUGAUGCGUGUUGGAUCAGAGUCCAUAGCUCAAAAUUCUAACGUAUGCAUUACGGUCGUGCAGCCGUACACGACAAUCUCCAGCUUUAAAUUGUUGAAAGAUGAUGUAGAGAAAAAAAAGGAACAGGUGUAUGUGGUUAGCACAGAACGUCGUUGUAUUCCAAUGGCUAUUCCCGAUGAUUUACGUCGUAUCUGGGAUGUAACAUAUUGA